CGCGCGUCACAAUCAAACAGCUGCGGUACGCAACGUCAACGCAAAGACAAUACAUAAGUAGCCGCCAGAUCAGUCGAUACGGAGCGCAAGAGCAAUCAGUACAGUGUGGUGUUUCAAGCCGAGAGCACACGAAAGCAGACAACCAAGGCCUUUUACCAUCAUGCGUAUCGGAGCGACCAUUCCCAACUUUCAGGCGGAUUCCACCAAGGGACCGAUCGAUUUCUACGAAUGGAUCGGUGAUUCUUGGUGCGUUUUAUUCUCGCAUCCGGCCGAUUUCACGCCAGUCUGUACGACGGAGCUCGGACGCAUUGCGGUACAUCAGGAGCAUUUCGAAAAGCGCAAUGUGAAGGUCCUGGCGCAUUCGGUGGAUGAUCUCAAGUGUCACGUGGACUGGGUUAAUGACAUCAAGUCAUACUGUCCGGAUAUUAUCGGCAACUUCCCGUACCCGAUCAUAGCCGACCCGAGCCGCGAUUUGGCGGUCCGGUUCGGCAUGCUGGACGAGAAGGACAAGGACAACGUGGAGCUGGCGCAAACGGUGCGCGCCCUGUUCAUCAUCAGCCCCGACAAGCGGGUGCGCCUGACGAUGCAUUAUCCAACGUCUACGGGGCGUAAUGUCGACGAAAUUCUGCGCGUCAUCGAUUCGCUACAGCUGACAGACCGAUUGAAGGUGAUUGCAACGCCUGCUAACUGGACGCCCGGCACGAAGGUCAUGAUACUGCCCAGCGUAAGCGAGGAGGACGCGGACAAACUGUUCCCGAACGGAAUCGAACGCGUCUCGAUGCCCUCCGGUAAUGUGUACGUGCGCACGACGACCGAUUACGAGUAAUUUUCUAGAACGCCCUGUGCCAACGUCUCAUAUCUCUCGUGCAAUGUGUGUUUUAAUGUUUUAUGCAUUCGAGCGUAACAAAAUGAACAUUUGUUUUUCUUGUUGCCAAAUAAAUAUCAGCUUCCAUUAUCAAAA